CUGGUUGUUUAUUUGCAUUCGGAUGAGCACGAUGCAACGGAUGCCUUUUGUAGGGAAAUAUUGGCUGAUAACGAGCUCUUGACCUACUUGCGCACCAAUGAAUUCAUUGUCUGGGGUGGGAAUGUGAAGGAGACCGAAGGAUUUCAAGUGGCCACAACGCUCCAAACGGUCAGAUAUCCCUUCAUUGGGGUGAUUGCACUUUCUCAGCCAACAGCAGGAUCGUCCGCGACAAAGAUGGUGCUGAUCGACCGUAUCGAGGGACCCUCAACAGCAGAUCAGAUUAUCCAGCGUCUGACACAACAGGUCAAUCGUCAAUCAACAGCCUUUGAGCGCCUUCGCGCAGAACGAAGGGAACGCGAGCUGGCUCGCGAAAUCCGGCAGCAACAGGACGACGCGUACGAGCAAUCCUUGCGCGCCGACCGUGAGAAGGCCCGUCAGCAGAAGGAAGCACGAGAGGCUGCUGAGCAGCAGGAGCGCGAGCAGGAGCGAAUCGAAGCAGAGAAGCAGGCGGCUCUGGAGCGCAGAGAGCGCCAUUUGAAGUUCUUGUUUGAGACUCUGCCCGAAGAGCCCGCUGCGAGCGAGGAUGGGUGUGCCAGGUUGAGUUUCAAGUUGUGGAACGGAGAACGCGUGAUUCGUCGAUUCCGCGGCACGGAACCGGUGGAGAACGUGUAUGUCUUUAUUGAGACGAUCGAGUUCCGCGAGAAUGGGGCAAAGGCAGGGUUGGAGUUUGAACCAGAAGAGCAUGUGGGCUACACGCACGAGUACGACUUUGUUUUGAUCUCGCCGUUUCCACGCACGAAGGUCAUGGACAAAGCGAAGCUGAUCAAGGACGAGCCAGCACUGUGGCCCAGUGCCAGUUUGGUCGUGGAGCUCGUGGGUGAGGAUGAUGAGAAUCAAGAAUAG